CUAGUGGGUCACAAGAUAAGGCCUGCCUACCUUCCCAACAUACUGUGAGAGUGAAGCCAGUUGUUGGGCAGACAGUACACAUGACCGGUAGUGCAGGCUGGGUAUGUCAGACAAUGAAGUGUAACUCCAGCCCUGCCCAUUGCUGACCAGUGUUAUCUGAACCGUGUACAAGACCCGGCAGUGAAACGCUGUCUUCAAUACGUCUUGAAUCAAUUUGACACACUUGGACUGGAUGUGAAGUCGACACAUUUGGAAAAGGCGGAGUGACACCAAUUUGACAAUUUUCGAAUGAGCUAAGUGGUAACAAAUCAGCAUAUUUGGUAAAAGCUGACAGAUAUCAACUGAAAGCAUUUGUCUCUGGUGGAGUGAUAUCUUCAAUAUUGGCUUCAGAGUGAUAUCACUUUAAAACAUUUGGAUUUGGUGGAGCGAUAUCAGGGCCAGGUGCAGCUUGAAUACUUCACUCUAAUCAGUGACUAACUCUAUCAUACCACAGUGUCACAUGUCAAAAUUUGGGUUAAGAUAACUUUGAUGCAAGCUUCAGUGUUAAAAAUCAGUCCGAUUUAUCAUCUUCACACCAUAUGAAAAUCACUGCCUUGAAAACAGCUGCUCUUCUUUCUGUGUGAGAUUUCUCUGUCAACACAGCCAUGUUAGCUUCACUCUACUAGCUGGAUGUUACAUCUCUGAGUAAGACUUUCAGCUUGUGUGCUACCAAGUAUUGCUCUUUGACAUACGUAAGUAACAUAAUUGUGCUGGUUCCUGCUUCUUAAACAUGCAACAGCAAAGAUAUAAAUGCCUGGACUUUGACAACCCGAGGCAAAGCAUGGACAUUCCAGAUUCUAUUUCUGAAAGAGACUACCAACCAUCAAUAACCCGCAGUGGUAUUGAUAGAAAUUCAAAAUUUAUGAUUGAUCGUCCACAAGUAUAUCAACCACAUGAGCAGAUUCCAUCGCAUCAAGUAUACCGUAACGACAGUAAUGUUGACCUUCGAGUAGGCCGCAAAGUAAAUGACGAUUUUAGUGAAGUCAACUUGAGAAGAGGAACAUUCCACUCCGACCAACACUCAGAAAAUGGUAAGAGACUCUCCAACCUCACCAGCAUAUCACUAAGGGACAGUUUCAUGGACACCUAUUCUGAACUUCCAGAACUGUGUUUUGCCCCUAUGGGAGACGUCAGAUCGUCAGUUGGCAAUGCUUCAUUAACAGAAGGAAACUGGGACCAUUCCAAGAUAGAAGACGUCCCUGCAUCUAAUUCUGUCAACAUCCUCCGAAUCAUUGCGAUAGUGUUCAUAUUAUGGGAUGUUGUAGCAGACUGGUGGAUGGUUGGUGUAUUCGAUAACUAUGCUUGUUGGGCAAACCCACAGUUUCAUUACAAGUUCUACAAGUUGGACAUCUGCGGCGUCCAUCGCGAAAAUAUCCGGCAAGUUUUAGCUGUCUUUACAAUCUUAGGAAGCAUCUUCAGUCUGAUCCAGAUCAUCAACAUCAUCCUGAGCAUCCUGAGGGACAGAGGGGUGGUGAGGUUGCAGCUGUUCAAGCCGCUGACCGAAGUCUACAUUGCUGUUUUCUUCGAGGAGAUCCCCCAAGCCGUCACUCUCCUCGUCUUCAACUACAACUGCAAAUGCACCAGAGAAGCAGCUAUGUUCUCCCUCAUCAUGAUGGUCAGCGGUCUUGCCAGCACCGUCCUGCGCUAUGCCGCCUGCUUCCCCAGCAUCAGCAGCGAGCACGGCUGCUGCAACACGUGGUGGAGAUGCUGCUGCUGCAAGAGCCGGGAGUCCCUGUGUCGGCUGACAGGGCAGGACUGUUUCUGUCGCUGCAGCAUCCCCUGUCCGCUCUGCUGCUGCACGCUGCAGUGCGACGACUGCAACUGGAUGCCGCACACCUGGAUGGAGUCGCUGUACGAGGCUCUCUCCUGCUUCUGCAGCUGCUGCUACAGGACCGAGGCAUCGUACGGCCUUCGCAUGAUGGAUAAUCUUGGCAUCUUGUUCCUAAUGUUCUGCCUUGUUGCUAAAAUUGUAGUGCUGACGGUAACAUAAAAUACUUUCAUGGAUAACAACUUCCUUAUUGUUUGGGGGUGGUCAGGCAGCCUAGUGGUUAAAGGGUUCGCUCGUCAUGGUUCGAUUCCUGACAUGGGUACAAUGCGUGAAGCCCAUUUCUGGUGUCCCCCGCCGUGAUAUUGCUGAAAUAUUGCUAAAAGCGGCGUAAAACAAUACUCACUCACUCACUUAAUUGUUUGAAAUGACACUUCAAGGCUACGUCUUGCCCCUUUAACUGGUGAAGGGGCAGGACGUGGCUCUGAAGCAUUGUCACAAACAAUAAAGCAGAUGUCAUGUAAAGGUUUCAUGUCUUUAAGUCUUUAUGCCAACUUCUAAAUGUCUAUCAAAGACUUGAUAACCAUGUCAUGUUAAUAAUGUCAGAUAAUAAUGUGGUAGCAUGUGCUUCUGUGCACAGAGAGAAGUUCAAGUUAAGCAGCAUUUGUCACGGAGAGUAGGUUGAUGGGUGACAAUGGUUGGCAGCUUGACUCCAGGGCCCCAUUCCACAAAGCAAUCUUAGCGCUAAGUCUGUCGUAAGUCUAUGUUAAAGUAUGGGAGUUACGAUCAUCUUAGCGCUACGAUCGCUUUGUGGAACGGGGCCCUGAACGUUACUAGGGCUCCGAUAAUGCCCCACUCUAAAGCACAUGAAGCAUGUGGUGUCUCCUUAGGCAAAUGUCUUUGUUCGAAACAUGGCUGUAUUCACGCAGCAGUGAAUGGGUACCCGGUAGGAGAAGAUGGUAAUGUGGAGGUUAACCUUCUAGUGCCUAUAACAGGCAGCUUGAGCUGUAUACACCCCUAAUACAGAAUGUAAACUGAGCACACACUGAUCCAUUGAUGGGGUAAUGAAGGUGUGUUCAGUGAUGGAAACUAACAUGUUUAGUCCACUAGUCCUUAUAAUGAUAGCACAUAGCAAAACCCUUAAAAAGGGCAAAUUUCUACCAGUCCUUUCGAUACUUUAACUGGACCUAUUUGGUUGUUUGGUAAGGACUAUAGGACUAUUCUAAAUUCUAACACUGGUGUUUAGAGCAGGAUACCUAGGAUGGAAAAAGUGCCACACAAAUGGACUAUUGUUGAUGUGACCAUACACCCCACCUGGGUAUGGGUAUUUGGUGACAACAGCUGUCAUCGUUGGGUAGAGAUGUUUCAAGCAGGACCAGCUGUUGGUGUUGCCAUUUUGGCAAUUCUGAUAACCAUGUGUUAAAGUCUGAAAUUUUGUUAGCUGUAAGUAAGUCAUUGUUCAUUUAUUCAAAGAUAAUCAGUAUAUCAAUCCAAUUCAUAAAGACGAUUGUCCUUGAUCUUGUCCAUAUUGAAAAAGAUUGAUAUGCAAACUAGGGCUGGGCAGGUAACUCGGGUACUUGGGUCUGGUGGGUCCUGAGUAGGACCCGGGUACCCACAGCACUACCUGGACCCUUUAAGUUAGUUAGUGAUGUAUUAUUUAAUGACAAAAACUCACUAUAGCUCAGUGGUUACACUACAAGUUGCUAAUGUUCACAUUUCUUUCUGACGAUGCACACAUUCCUUUUGACAUGUAUAUGUUUGAGUAAAGAUAAAGCUUCAAUCAACUUCAGUGUACCCAUGUUCUGAUUGUUUGAUACAUGUAGCUAAAUAGCUUUUGCCUGGGCUGCAGUAAAACAAUUCCCAUUUAGACAUUUUGAUCCCAACUCUUGAGACCGACAGUGGGUAGGGUUGUGUUAUAGGGGGUCGGGUACCCGGGUAGUAAAUUUGGACUCGUCCCACCCCUAAUGCGUAUACCAGUUUUAUUCAAGCGCCUCCCAAAAACUUUUUUCCCCAUUAGCAUCCUCUUCUCUCCUACAUCAAUUGACAAAAAAAAACCAGAAAAUGUCUUAUCAUCACAUGACUAUACAUCAAGGGACAUAACUCCUGUUCACAAUCCUAUACACAAGACAAUGUUUGCUUGGUUGGAAGUGGAGAGGUAUCCAUCGUUUUAAAACUGGGUAAUUUCUGCAGAUGUCAAUGUAACAUUUAGAUAGAUGCUUCUCUUAGUUGCCUUCCUCAUAUCUUUCCAUGCAGAGGAUCAUUUAAAAUAUUUCAUUACAGUUUUUUGUCGUUUCUCAUAAUGAGUAAAUUAUACGCAAAACCAAAGAUUGAAUUAUAAAAAAAUAUGAGUUGGCAUUUAGUAUUCCAAGCUUGCCCUAAAUUCUACCACCACCAAACCUAUUACUACUACUAAUCUGGAAUAAUGGUCAUCUAGUCACAUCAGUAAAACACUCCCUAAAUUCUACUUCACUCUCAUAACAUCCUAUGGCUUGUUAAUAUAGAACAGAGAUGUACUGUCUGUCUGAUAGUGUUUCUGUGUCAAUGUUAUCCAUUCUUGGUAUUUGCUAUCUAUCCAGAUAACUGCUAUCUAUCUUCCGCAAUCCAGACAAUGAGCGUCUACAUAGAGAAUCUCACCCUCGUGUCUUGAUAUCGAAUAUAUCAACACCGUUGAUGAAAAUGGUAAAACUCUGAGGCUUGCCGAGGAGUUUUUCCACUUUUAUCAACGAGUGUUGACAUAUUUGAUAUCAAAAGACACGAUCGUGAGAUUUUAUUUAUCAUCCAACAUCAUCCUUUUAACUUUUUCAGCUUGUAGACAGUAAUAUGCAGUGUCUUAAGUUUAAAAAGUACUACUAACAGCUUCAGUAGCAGAGCCAUUAGUGUAGUCACAAUGGUCUGGGAUCGUCCCAUCUCAAAUAACCUUGUAAGAGACUCUACUUCAAGUGAAACCUGCUUUGAGGUUUUACAUUUGAAUUGUAAGACUUACGUUUUACAGCUGAAUUUUAUGAACUAGCAUUUUGAAGUGAAUCUAAUAUAAAUGUUUGAUUGGUUAAAACAGGAUGUGAAUCGAACCUGCAACCUCACAUAUCUUGUUUAGUUUUGUAACCAACUGUUUUCGCACCAAGCCACCGGGGCAGGUGAUGAAAGGUUGUUCAAUCUUGCAUGUCAUAACUUCAAUUGUGUGCAUGCUGCACAUGGUUUUUCUCUGGCACGCUUUCAUCAUAUUCCUUAUAUACCACAACACACUAUAUUGCUUCACUAUAAGGUAUCCCAAUGUGUUAUUUUUUCUGGUAUUUCUUGCAUUUAGUCGGUUCAUAAGUCGGAUAAAACACGCCUCCUCAGUUUUGGUUGAAAAUGUAAAACCUCCAUCUACGGUUUUACAUUUUCAACCAUCCCCUCAAAUUUGUAUUUUACCCUAGACAUGAAAUCUCUCAAGAUCAGACAAGAUUAGAAUCUGUAUGUAUCUGUGAAAGCUUCCAGCUUAUGACAUUUUAGUGAACUUGACAAGUGAUGAUGAAUUUUAAUAUAAGUAUAGUUUGUCAAAUUGUAAAUAAAACUGUGAUAUAAAUGAUAA